CCUAUUGGUCCUGGCCACCAUAUUGGUGGUGCUCUACGUGGAACUCAAUCGACCCCGAGCGGAGUUGCCCAGCAACAAGGCCAUCUACUUUGGCAACAACUACGACCACGAUACGUGAAACGGCCACCUGGUCAUCGACAGGAAGCAGUGGGGAGCAGCCGAGAACACCCCCGCCCUGAUCAUUCCCCUCAAGAGACCAAUUCCCUAUGUCCUGAUCACCCACAUCGAAGAACAGUCGCCUUGCGAGAACAUGGCCAAGUGCACCAUCAGGAUGCGAACCAACCAGGACUGCGCUAUUGUCGAGAGGGGAUUGCCGGAUUUACAGUCCAAUUUUUAUGUUUCGGAGGAGGGCAAUAUCUACGUGGGCCGCGGCUGGGACUGGGCCAACACGUAUGCGAACCAAACGUUGGGCGUUACCUUUAUAGGCGACUUCACCCGCUUUAAGCCGUCUGCCAAGCAAUUGGAAGGUGUCAAAUUUCUGCUAGCCCAUGCAGUGGCUAACCGAAACCUAGAGGCCGACUACAAGCUGGUAGCCCAAAAUCAGACAAAGACGACGAAAAGCCCGGGGGCCUAUGUCUAUCAAGAAAUCCGGAACUGGCCGCACUUCUACGGCUGCGGAAUGGACGGGGCACCGGCUUGUGGCAUCGAACUGGGCAUGAAACCGGAAUCGUGGAAUGGCAAGCAAUAGCAACAAUAGACUUUUUACCAACUAAGUGUAUCACCUGCGUCUUCGUGUCGUGGGCUCAUGUCAUCGUUAUUCUCGUGGUCGUCAUUACUUUGUUUAUGCUGCGUGCCAUGCAGCGUAUUAAUAGCCAGGCACCGGGCUUCAAUCCCCCAAGCACUGCACUGGGAGAAAUAUCCCCUGAUUUGGACAAAACGCAGAUGGAGUAAAAAUUACAACCAAACCAAACUGUAAUCCUAAAGCUUCAAAAAAUACAUUGGCCCAAUUGAUAUUAAUAUGCCUUUAAAAAUAUAUUUAAAUUUUUAAUCUA